UUACGGUAAUUAUUUACGGGAACUCUUACAUCGAUGACAAUAUAUACAAUUAGUGAUUGAACAUUAAAUGACAAAGAAGAAUAUGAAAUCAUAAUCAACCCAGGAGCCUUUGAUCUGAUUACAGCGGUGACAUCAAAGAACUGUUAAGAGGACGUUGAUUGACUUAAGAGGCGUGUGGACUACUGUGAGAAACAACCGCUGCUUACUGUCGUCUAGAAAACUGAUUAGCUUAUGUGAAUUUGUUGCAAACCAUAUUAACUACACCUGUACUUAUUAAACCUUAAAUCGAUUAGGUUUGUUUACACAAAAUACUUAUAUUUUUAUAUAUUUCCACAUGUCUACUAAUUAUUAAAACUUUAAUAUGAAAACUUAAAGAAACCCUAAUGUAAGAUUUGUACGUAAAUGUACAAACAUGUCUUAGUGACAGUGUCUAUAAAAGUAGAAGACAGUCUUAGCAGUUCUCCACUUAUGAUAUAUAUUUAUUACAAUAUCUGGUGUGAAAACAUAGACGUGAAAAAAUAGGAACAUUCCUUGAAAGCAUCGUUAAGAAUAGCAUAUUAAUUUUAUUAAACAAUAAUGGCGGGUAAGUCAACGUUACAAUUAAAAAUCUGCUGUAAUCAGUUUAUAAACACACUCCUGAUUUCAACAGAUGUAACCGAAAAUGGAACGAAGUUUAAGAAUAUUCGUGAAACUUAUAAAAUAAGUACGUUCUUGUUGACGCUGGGUUUGAUGUACCCGAAUCCAGUUUACGACGAGAAAAGAAAGAAACUGAUAGUUAUGGCAAUUUUGUCUGUUCUUCCUGCAUUUACUCUAGCAGGCAACGACAUCCGUCUCCGCAUCUUGAACAACGACAUGGCGAAUGUCGUCCGUCAGUCAAUCAUCUUAGUAUCUAUCACCUUCGUCAUCAUAAAAUUCAUUAUCUCGAUAGCACGUAAGGAUGAAUUAAGAUCUCUCUUAGAAGAAAUCGACGCAGACUAUGAAAGGUUCAACGGAAUGUCCGAACAGUAUCAAGACUUGGUUGAGGAUACCAUCAGAAAGACUAGGAAAGUGGAAAAGUCUUGGUGUUUUGUGUUGCUAGUGACUACAGCGUCGUAUCCGGUACUAGCUGGUGCAUGCACUAUAUACUCCCAGUUAUUUUCUGACCAUCCCAGACGCUACAUGGUGCACGAGUUGAAGGCUAUCCUGAUAUCAGAGGAACAAAAGUAUCAGAGUCCUUACUUCGAAAUAGUCAGUCUCUACACCAUGUACAUAGUUAUUUUUCUUUUUAUUGGCUUCACGGGAUUUGAUGGCAUGUUCUCGGUAUGCCUCCUCCACGUUUCCUUAAAAUUGAAAAUUUACCAGGAAAACCUAAGAAACCUUUUCAAUGAGAGAGACAUCCAAAAAAUAAAGUAUAACAUCGGUUUAUUUGUAAAAAACCAUUGUGGAGUGUUGAGACUAAUAGCUAAAAUCCAGACAUGUUUCGAAGUGUGGCUCGUCGGCAUUUUCAUCAACGCGGUUGUACAAAUUGGAAUGGCGUUCACACAAAUAACAAAUCAAACCGAAAGUGACAUCAAUCAAAUGUACUACUUAUACGCCCUGGCGACCGUUGUACAUAUAUACCUCCCUUGCUACUUCGCGUCCGACGUUACAUACAACGCAGCUGAAAUCGCUAAUGUGGCGUACAGCAGUUCGUGGGAGCGGGUCCAAGACUCUAAGAUCAGGAGUUCCAUCUGCUUUAUCAUAGCCAAGUGUCAGACGCCAGUUCGAUUAACAGCUCUUGACAUGCUCACCUUUAACAUGGAAUUGUUCGUCUCGAUUCUCCAAACAUCGUAUUCCAUGUUUACGCUUUUAAGAAGUUAAUAAUUGAAGAUCAAUUCCUAGAGCUACCUAGAGUGGUUACACAUACUCAUGCGAUAAAUAAAACAAAAAUAUGAAAAUAAAUAAAUAAAUUGCAACAGUAUAUUUAAAAAAUUUC